AUUUCAUCCCAACCUGCGGCGAGGAAGGAGGGCUCGGAAAGGACCGAGGAGAAGAGAAAGGGAAAUAGAGAAGGGACGCAAAGGUCUCCCUGUCGUCUCCCUUCUUCCCCCACCUCGAGGCCGAGGAGAGCAGGCUGAAGGAGACGCAGCAGCAGUCGCAUUUGGGGUGUUGGCCGGGGGUGAAAUCGGCGGGGAAUUGGUGAAUUCUCGAGGGCUCCACCCUGGGCUUUCUGUUCUUGGAUUGGGGGCGGUCGUUGGCCGAGGGUAAUGGCGUCGGAUUCCUUGUCGGUGGUGGCGGAGGACGUGCUGAAGCCGCAUGAGACACGGACGGGCGACAUUGAUCUGGCCUCUAGGAAGGAGGUGCAAGCAGCGUUGAGAAGGUACGAGGCAGCCGAAUGGCUGAGGAAGAUGGUGGGGGUUAAUGGGGCGAGAGAUUUGCCGGAAGAGCCCACAGAGGAGGAAUUCCGGCUUGGUCUGCGAAAUGGGAUUGUUCUUUGUAAUGCACUCAACAAGGUUCAACCUGGUGCUGUCCCCAAGGUGGUGGAAGCUCCUGCGGAUUCGGCUCUCCUCCCAGACGGUGCUGCUCUGUCAGCAUAUCAGUACUUUGAGAAUUUGAGGAACUUCCUCGUCUCCAUGGAAGAGUUGGGCCUCCCAACAUUUGAGGCGUCCGAUUUAGAAGGGGGUGGUAAAGGCUCCAGGGUUGUGAAUUGUGUUUUGGCUCUUAAAUCCUAUGGUGAGAAUAAACAAAUGGGCAGAAAUGGUUCCUGCAAGUAUGGUGGGAUUCUGAAGCCUUCCACCUCUGGCAAGUAUUUUGUAAGGAGGAACUCAGAACCUUUCAUGAAUUCCCUUUCUAGAAGCCAAUCAACUGAGAAAACCCAGGAUGGCGUAUCGGUGGAGCAGAACGUGGGUGUCAAUUUCUCGAUACAAUCCACUGAAAUGACGACAUCACAGUCUCUGAACAUGCUUCUGCGUGCCAUCCUAUCAGAUAAGAAGCCUGAAGAAGUCCCAGUGAUUGUGGAGUCAAUGUUAGGCAGAGUAAUGCAAGAAUUUGAGCGCCGAAUUGCAAGCCAAAAUGAGCAGGUGAAAACAACUACAAAGGAUCUAACUGAUGGAACAAAAUCCUUCUGCAAAGCAAAACAUUCAACAGAAAUUUCAUCCAUUUGUUGUGAAAAAGAGACGGCGAAGACAGAGAAUUCUUUCCCAAGCUCAAAAGAUGAGGAUUUUAGUAUGAGCUUGAAGGAUGCAGAAACAUCAAAAGAAAAGCUCCUGAAGCAACACUUACUUUUUGAUAGACAAAAAAGAGAAAUACAGGAACUGAAAGGUGCACUUCAAACAACUAGAGCUGGUAUGGAGUUGAUGACAACUCAACAUGCCCAGGAAUUUAGUAAUCUUGGGAAGCAUAUGCAAGUCCUUGCUCAAGCAGCUUCAGGAUAUCAUAAAGUUCUCGAGGAAAACAGAAAGUUAUACAAUCAAGUGCAGGAUCUUAAAGGAAACAUUAGGGUGUACUGCCGUGUGAGGCCUUUCUUACCUAGACAAUCAAGUAGUAUGAGCACUGUUGGUCAUAUUGACGAUGGAAAUAUUAUGAUUAUCACCCCUUCAAAAUAUGGGAAAGGACAUAAGUCUUUCAGCUUCAACAAAGUCUUUGGCCCGUUUGCCACUCAAGAGGAGGUUUUCUCUGACACACAGCCUUUGAUUCGUUCUGUUCUCGAUGGUUACAAUGUCUGCAUCUUUGCAUAUGGACAAACUGGAGCAGGGAAAACCUAUACAAUGAGUGGACCAAAAGAACUUACAGAAGAGAGUUUUGGAGUAAACUACAGAGCAUUAAAUGACUUGUUUCAUAUCUCAAAGCAGAGGAAGGAGACAUUUUGUUAUGAAAUUGCUGUUCAGAUGAUUGAGAUAUAUAAUGAGCAAGUUAGGGAUCUCCUUACCAAUGAUGGUCCCCAGAAAAGAUUAGAUAUUCAUAAUAGUUCUCAGAAAGGACUUGCUGUGCCUAACGCAAACUUGGUUCCUGUCACAUCAACAACAGAGGUUAUUGAAUUAAUGAACAUUGGUCAGAAGAAUCGUGCUGUUAGUGCAACUGCGAUGAAUGACCGUAGCAGUCGUUCUCACAGUUGCCUGACCAUUCAUGUUCAAGGAAGAGAUUUGGCAUCUGGGGCUGUUCUUAGAGGCUGUAUGCAUCUAGUUGAUUUGGCAGGUAGUGAGAGAGUCAAUAAAUCUGAAGCUAAAGGAGACAGGCUAAAGGAAGCACAACAUAUCAACAAAUCGCUAUCAGCUUUAGGAGAUGUAAUAUCUGCCCUUGCUCAAAAGAGUUCACAUAUCCCUUACAGGAAUAGCAAACUUACACAACUACUACAAGACUCUCUAGGAGGGCAAGCUAAAACAUUGAUGUUUGUCCACAUAAGCCCUGAGGCAGAUGCAAUAAGUGAGACUCUAAGCACGCUCAAAUUUGCUGAACGGGUUGCAUCGGUUGAGCUUGGCGCAGCUCAGGUAAACAAAGAAAGUGGGGAAGUCAAGGAGCUCAGGCAGCAGGUAGCUAGUCUUAAAGCAGCAUUAGCUAAGAAAGAGGGUGAGCAGAUCCAAAGCACAAUGUCUAGUCCUGAUAUAUACAGGCUAAAAUCUGGUGCAACAUCUCCUGCACAUCCAAACCAGAUGCAGACGAUGGAGGAUUUUGGCAACAUAGAGGUGCUCAGCUGUUCAGCAAUGAUGCAGGAAAGGGUAGAGAUUGAUCUCCAAGACCUUUUAAGAGCAUCUGAUUCUUCUCCUUGGCCAGAGGACUCCCUCAGGGGCUGGGAAGGAGAUAACCUGCAUAUGCCAGACUCAUUUUACCAGGGAUAUGUUCCCGAUGUGAUGAGAGUCUACGGGGAUCAUCACAGAAGUUGGGCCAACUCUAUGGCAACCGAUGAUUCAGAUGAUUUGGAUUUUGCAACAAGUGAUUCCUCAGAGCAAGACAUGCUAUCGCAGUACAAUCUUCCGAAAAGCAAUAGCAAUGCUGUCAAUGGUGGAUCAAAGAUCAAGCGGCCUCAGUCAGGUCCAGUGAAGAGUUCCCAGACAAGGUAAUCCUGUAGCCAUAAAUUUGCGCACAAUUUUUCUUGAACAUAAAGACUGGCUGGCCUUCUAUUUGAUCCCCUAACAAAUAUAAAUAGGAUCAAAGCUCAUCUUUGAUUUGAACACUUGAGAAAAUAUGUUUCUAAC